AAGUCUUUUAGGGGAGUUCGCCGUGUGCGCGCCUGGCUCAGAAAGAUAAUGCAAGAGUAAGAAAACUGCCUUUGUAUAUUUAUAUGCCUAUAUAGGACUAAUAUGACAGCAGCGACUAUAAAAUAAUUAACGCGUCGCUUUGUACAAUGUAAUUUUAGUAAUUAUCUGUCUUUACACGAAAUACCAUCCUUUUAAUGUAUGGCUGUAUUAUACGGAUGGUUUGUAUACAAUGUCGGUUAUAAAGCCAAAGCUCACAAAACUCCGUAUACAAAAGAACUGUUGAGGAUCCGAGACCUGCAUUCAUUAUAAAAAAAAUGUUUGGGGUUGGCAAUACCAAAAAAAGGAGACACGUCUGAUUUCUGAAGCCUUACGUUUUUCGCCUUUCCACGGACAAGGGUGAUGGAAAAUUCCAAUUCAAGUCAGAGGGAAUAAUUAUACGUGCAUUUUUUUCUUCUUUUUUUGAUGAUGAUUGUGUUACUUAUUCUUAUCAGUAUAGCGGAUGGAGUGGUUUCCCAAAUACGCUAUUCUGUUCCAGAGGAACAGGACCAUGGCACAUUUGUGGGAAAUAUUGCCGAGGAUCUUAGCUUGGACAUAACAAAACUUUCAUCUCGUAGAUUUCAGACUGUGCCAAGUUCGCGGACUCCUUAUUUGGAAGUGAAUUUGGAAAAUGGGGUGCUUUUUGUGAAUGAAAAAAUCGACAGAGAGCAGAUUUGCAAGCAGAGCGCAACCUGCCUCCUGCAUUUGGAAGUGUUUUUGGAAAACCCGUUGGAGCUUUUCCGUGUGGAGAUCGAAGUCGUGGAUAUUAAUGACAAUCCGCCCAGUUUCCCUGAAACUGACAUUACUGUCGAAAUUUCUGAAAGUGCCACUCCGGGAACGCGCUUCCCGCUGGAGACCGCGUUCGACCCCGACGUGGGCACCAAUGCGCUCCGCACCUACGAAAUCACCACUAACAACUAUUUUUACCUCGACGUGCAAACGCAAGGAGACGGGACGAAAUUUGCCGAGCUAGUGCUGGAAAAGCCGCUGGACAGGGAACAGCAGUCGGUGCACAGGUACGUACUAACAGCGGUCGAUGGUGGUCUUCCUCAAAGAACCGGUACUGCGCUGCUGGUGGUUAAAGUGCUCGAUUCCAACGAUAACGUUCCCGUUUUCGACCAGCCGGUGUAUACGGUAAAUCUGCCCGAAAAUUCCCCGGUGGGCACCUUGGUCAUCCAGUUAAACGCCACCGACAUGGACGAAGGACAAAAUGGCGAGAUUGUCUAUUCUUUCAGCAACCACAAUGCCCCGAAAGUGAAGGAUCUUUUCAGCAUCGACGGGCGGACCGGUCGCAUUGAAGUCAGCGGAGAGGUCGACUUUGAGGAGAGCAGCAUGUUUCAGAUUUACGUGCAAGCGAAGGACCUUGGACCCAACGCCGUGCCGGCUCACUGUAAAGUUCUGGUCAAAGUGAUAGAUGGGAACGAUAAUGCCCCGGAGAUCACUUUCAGCACCAUGACCGACUCAGUGAGCGAGAAGGCUGCGCCGGGCACCGUGAUCGCAUUGCUCAGUGUCACGGACAAAGAUUCCGGGGACCACGGACAGAUCCACUGCGAAAUUCUCGGAGACGUACCUUUCAAGCUGAAAUCAUCCUUCCGGAACUAUUACACCAUCGUUACGGAUGGACCGCUAGACAGGGAGAGCGCUGACUCCUACACGGUGACUGUGGUGGCCAAAGACAACGGCAUCCCGUCGCUGGCCACAAGCAAGUCCAUCAAAGUGCAGGUGUCGGACGAGAAUGACAACGCGCCGGCAUUUACGCAGCCGGCAUUUGACGUCUACGUGACAGAAAACAAUGUACCUGGCGCCUACAUUUACGCAGUAAGCGCUUCGGAUCCGGACGUCGGGCAGAACGCGUUAAUUUCUUACUCCAUAGUGGAGUGCGACAUUCAGGGCAUGUCCGUUUUCACUUAUGUGUCCAUCAACUCCGAAAACGGCUACCUGUACGCGCUGAGGUCUUUCGACUAUGAGCAGCUGAAGGACUUCAGCUUCAUGGUCCAGGCGAAGGACUCGGGGAGUCCGGAAUUAACGUCCAACGCCACCGUGAACGUUAUAAUCGUGGAUCAAAAUGACAACGCGCCCACGGUCAUCGCGCCAGUGGGGAAAAACGGCACGGCCAAGGAGCCACUGCCUCGCUCCGCCGAACCUGGGUACUUAGUAACACGCAUAGUUGCUAUGGAUGCGGAUGAUGGAGAGAACGCCCGAUUAUCAUAUAGUAUCCAAAAAGGAAACGAGAACGGGAUGUUCCGCAUGGACUGGAGAACCGGCGAGCUGAGGACCGCGCGGCGCGUGUCCAGCAAAAGGGACCCGCACCAGCUUUACGACUUGUUGAUCGAGGUGAGGGACCACGGGCAGCCGCCUCUGUCAUCCACGGCCAGCGUCAUCAUCAUGAUAGUGGACAGUAUAGUGGAGGGACACGGCGGAGAACGGGGCUCCGCCAAAGCGAAGGAGACCUCGCUGGACCUGACCCUCAUCCUCAUAAUCGCGCUGGGCUCCGUCUCUUUCGUCUUCUUGCUGGCCAUGAUCGUGCUGGCCGUGCGGUGUCAGAAGGACAAAAAGUUGAACAUUUACACGUGUCUGGCCAGCGACUGCUGCCUCUGCUGCGGCUCUUGCUGUAGCAGGCAGGCGAGAGCCAGAAAGAAAAAGCUUAGCAAGUCAGAUAUAAUGCUGGUGCAGAGCACUAAUGUCACCAGCACCGCGCAGGUCCCGGUCGAAGAAUCGGGGAGCUUCAACUCCCACCAUCAAAACCAGAACUAUUGCUACCAGGUAUGUCUUACACCGGAAUCUGCCAAAACUGAUCUAAUGUUCCUAAAGCCCCGUAGCCCUGCUAGGGGCGCAGACAGUGACCACAGCCCAUGUGGAGCCUUAGUCACAGGUUACACAGACCAACAACCCGACAUCAUAUCUAACGGCAGCAUUUUAUCCAACGAGAAUAAACACCAGAGAGCUGAACUUAGCUACCUUGUCGAUAGACCUCGGCGUGUUAACAGUUCUGCUUUUCAGGAAGCAGAUAUAGUCAGUUCUAAAGACAGUGGACACGGAGAUAGUGAACAAGGAGACAGUGACCAUGACGCCACCAAUCGAGGUCACUCGUCUGGCGCUGAUCUCUUUUCAAACUGCACAGAGGAGUGCAAAGCCCUCGGGCACUCUGAUCGAUGCUGGAUGCCCUCCUUCGUGUCGUCCGACGGCCGUCAGGGGGCAGAUUACCGUAGCAAUCUGCACGUCCCGGGAAUGGACUCUGUGCCCGACACUGAGGUAUUUGAAAUGCCUGAGCAAACUGGCGAGAGAUCAUUCUCCACCUUUGGCAAAGAGAAGUCACAUCACGGCACCCUAGAGAGGAAAGAGUUUGAUGCACUUCUGUCCAGCACACGUGCGCCUUUCAAACCCCCUUAUUUGAGUGAGUAUUUAGCCAUGGAUUUUGAUCUGAUCGAAUACCACUAAAAUCUCACAUCGGCUGGAAGUGCCAUUAAAUUCUUUCACCGUAACCCAUCUUGCCAUUAUGUCUCUCACACUAACAUUGUCCUUUUCCUUUUGUUUCCUUAACAUUUUUCAUCUUUCUUUAAUCCUUAAGAAGUCUCAGGCACAUCCAUUCCCCCCCCUCCCCCACAUAAACAGUAAUUUGACAGUGAUUGUGUAAUUUGUCCUGUGAAGCUGGGACAGGGCAGAAUGAGCCUUCACGACCGCUCUGCCUUUUCAUUUAGGCACCUAUCUGCUGGUUUUAUAUGAGGAUUCAACACAGGGCUCUUUUUUAAAUGAAUAUUUUUUCAAAACGUGUAAGUGUGAAUUUGAACUGAGUAUGGAAAAUACUGACCACUGCUUUUAAACUUUGAUUAAAUGACUCAUAUGCCAUACGCAGACUUUAUGGUCAUCUUCUUCUUGGAUAUUUUACAAUCGUGCAAAAAAGUUAAUUUUUUGGGCAACCUUUUGUUUUUCUGGAUCCCAUUUGAAUUGCUGAAGUCAGCAGUCACACAGUAUAUAUAUAUAUACAUAUAUACUAUCUAUAUAGUUUGUACUCUUAGUGCUAUUCAGUUUAUUUGCAGGUGAACUUCAAGGAAAGAUCAAAUUGUAAAGUACUCAAGACACAUCAAUGUAAUAUGAAAAUGUUACUAGUAAAUCCUAUUGUAUUGAUUAUUGAGGUUAAUAAAAUGCUAAACGAUCUUGUGUUCUGUUGUUGAUGUGAAGUGAGCUUGCGGUCUAGAGGAGGAGACAAAGGCUGCCUUCCCUUUCUUGUCGCGCCGUUCUUAUGUGAAUGUCUUUGUGAAGGCGUCCGUCUGUGAAUCCCCCCCCCGAACGGCUUCACGGCUCCAUUAGAUGCUGACGGGCCGCUGUUGUAUUAUAUCUGCCGUGUCGCAUGCUGGCAUGAGCAAUAUAUCAACUUAUUCCCAGUGUCUUUGGCCAUUUGAAUCUAUCAAAAAUUCAGUGUCACGGUUCAAAAGGAAUUUCUUUAAUUUAUAGGCCAUCUAUUGAUAAGUUUCCCUCAGUGUAAUUAGAUACAUGUCAUUACACAGCCCAGGCAAGCCAGCCUUGUUAUAUCUGGUGUUUGUGUAUUGCUGUUAUAAAUGUAAUAUUUAAACUAGAGAUAAAUUUUAUAAUGUGCAAGAAAAUGUAGCUUAGCUUAGUUUUUCACUGUGAUGUGGCUCUCUAAGUAAAUGCAUUAAUAAAUUCUUGAAUACCUAUGAUUUUAUAUAUUACUUUAUGAAAAAAUACUGAUUUUUAAAGUAAUUCAUGCUAUUAUAUACGCCUAAGAGUAUUGCAUACUUGUGUUACAUGAGCAAUAUCAUUAGCUUAGUUUGUAGUUAUAUUUGUUAAAAUCAAAAAUCAAUGAUUUACAGGCAAGUUAAACUCGGACUCCGUGCACAAGGAUCCGUGCAUUUAGCUAAACAAGCGGUUUUAACUCGAAUCAUCAUUUACUCUCAGCAGUGUUAUUGCGAAAAGGCGAAGUGAAAGGACGUCCCGCUUCAAUGCACUGGCGUGAUUAUAAACGUGGCCGAACAGUCAACGGCGGCCUCGAUCGCAGCUUCCUGUCCCGUCGUACAUCGACUCACAAAAUCAAGUUUCGUUGCAUGUGACUUAUGUUUGACAAAAAAAAAUAAAAAUUGCAAAAAGAUUCAUGAAAACCUUGACCUCAUACAUAUGAAAACUCUUACGGUGUGAAACGUCGGUUGAUUGCAAAGUAAUUUUCUGUGAACAAAGGAGGGCAGCACCCAAUUUCAGCCACAAGGGGACAUCAAAAUGAAGUCACCGUCACCAAAAUCUAUGCCACAGACUUUUCUCUGUCCUUUCGUGUGCCGUUUAAUUCCAAACGUGCGGCAUUUUUUUUAUCGUUAACAUAUUUUCACUUUUACUCACCAGGAAAGCCUUGUGAGAGUCGCAUUUGGACUCGAGUGGUAAACAAGGGGACAGUGGUCAUUAUUUUCUCUCGUUUUUAGGAACCUGUAUAGUCAUUUUUAGACAGUGGAGAUUAACGAGAGACUUUGGGACAUUUCAGAAAUCUCCUAAGUUUCUUUCAUACCUCGGAGAGUGUCGUAGGAUUGCUAAUAAAUGUUACCCACAGGGAAAAGCAGGGAUACAUGCAAACGAUAUAGACCUAUAUGUGUCCAUUGCUUUCCCUCUCUGUGCACAGACCCUAUCUCCAUUGAUGUUGGCCAUGAUGAAUGAAUCGUGGAAUAUUUAUGAUAAUAUCCUAACCCUAAUAACUACUGUCCUAAUAACCAUUUGUAGAUUUUUAAUUAGUAAAAUGCAGAUGAAUAAUCACAGAAGAGUUAUGUCUCUGCUAUGAAUUUAUUAAUACAAUUAAAUAAUGGUCUAGCAGUAUCUUGUAACAAGGCCUUGGGAGUGUAGAAUUAAUGGAUGUAUGUUCU